CCGAUUCAAAAUGGAGGACUCCAUGGAAGAGGACCCUCUCUCACUGUAGAUUUUAAGACGAUCAAAACAACAACAAUUCUUAUUUUCAGAAAAUGGCGAUUCAACAUGGAGGACUCCGUGGAAGAGGACCCUCUCUCACUGUAGAUUUUAAGACGAUCAAAACAACAACAUUUCUUAUUUUCAGGUGAUUAUACACUGAUGGAAACAUACUAAUACUAAGAAAUACUUCUAAAAAUGACACAAUGGAUCUUUAAUGUUUUAAAAAUUUGAACGUUUAAUCGACUAACGGUUCAUGUUCGAAUGUGCAGCGUGUGGUCUUUAAAUGUUAACACCUGUCCGUCCCGGAGUUCGCGUCCUGUCACAACACGUAUUAGCCGCGGUGGGCGGGGUUAACAUCUUAACGCGGACACAUUACAAACGCACCAGCUGCUCCUCCGUAUGUGGCGGUUAUAUAUAUUUUUUAAAAACUUUUUGACUAUGUCCGUUUGAACGUUUUUAUCAAUGUAAUGAGCGCAACUUGUUGCUCAGACGUGAGCAACUUUUUUUUAGUCUUCAAUGGGUUGAAAGCGUGUGAAGGGACGGGGGGGAGAUAACGGUAAUACCGACGUUAGCCGAAUGUUAGCUGCCGGACGGUAACGGAUCAUGGAGCGCGGCUCUCUCUCGAAGUACUCCUGGAUCGACUUCGCUUUCUCGGUCGUCGGCGUGUUCACCUUCCUGGUGGACUGGGGCUCGGAUGUAUGGGUGGCUACGGAGUUUUACAACCAGGGCGACUUCUUCUGGUUCGGGGUGCUGCUCGGCCUCAUGGUCCUGUCGUCGGUCGUGGUCCAGAUGUUCAGCUGGUUCUGGCUCAAGUAUGACCGAGAGCUGCCGGGGUUCAGCAGCGCGCAGACCCCGGGAGGGAGCGUGCUGUUCGGGGACCGAGUGAAGCUCUCCUGCCUGCUACAUGUGCUCCAGCUGGGCUUCCUCUGCAGGCACAUCUCCGCCAUCCGUCAAGGCUUCAGGGUUUGGUGGCGCAAACAGGAAGGGUCGGAGUACGCCGUCUACCUGACCCACGACCUCAGCAUGCUGCGGCUCAUCGAGACGUUCGGCGAGAGCGCUCCUCAGCUCACCCUGAUGAUUUACGUCAUGCUGCGGACAAACAAAGCCAGGACGGUUCAGUUUGUGAGCAUCGCUGCGUCGACCACUUCCAUAGCCUGGAUGGUGGUGGAUUACCACCGCUCGCUGCGCUCCUUCCUCCCCGACAAAGCCAAGCAGGGCUGGGGUUCGUCCUUGAUCUACUUCCUCUGGAACCUGCUGCUAAUCGCCCCACGCGUGGCGACGCUUGCCCUCUUCUCCUCUGUCCUGCCCGGGUACAUCGGCGCCCACUUCCUCUUGCUGUGGUUCGUCUUUGUGUUAUGGGUGUGGCGACAGAAGACGGAUUUCAUGGACAGCGUCGCCGGGGAGUGGCUCUACCGGGCCACCGUAGGGCUCAUUUGGUACUUCAGCUGGUUUAAUGUAGCGGAGGGUCGUACCAGAGGCCGGAGCAUCAUCUACCAUUCCUUCGUCACCGUCGAUGGGGUCAUCCUGCUGGUGACCUGGUGGUGUUACAGAGAUCCUGUCCAGUCCGAGCCGUACGCCCUCGCUCUGCUCAUCGCUCUACCUCUCACCUACCUCCUGGGGCUGCUCUUCAAAGCCAUCUACUACUGCUGCUUCCACCCCAAGCUGUGGGGGCCCCCCGUGAGGGACCCGGGACUCCCCGACGAUCUGCCUGAUGCAGACGUGUCCUUCAGGGCCUUUCCCAUCCAGGAUGUCACCGUGUCCGCCCAGCUUGUCAACAAACGGAUGGGUCGCCAUGCCACUCAUUUUUACUCGGACCAAGGAGUCACGAGAAGCACUGAAUACAGAUAGAGUCACAUCGGUGAUGUCUGGCUUUGUUUGUGUCACGGCCAACGUGUACUACUGAUAGGAGAUGUUACUUUUGUAGAAUUAUUUGUACUACAGUUUCACCAGAUUACAUUUUCUUAUUCCUCAGCUCUACUCGAACAUGAGGUAAUCCAUCAAACUACUUUCUAAAGACGUUUUCUACAAAUAGCUGCAAACAAAUUGUAUUUUGUUGUGUUUACACACGGGGGGAGCCAGCAGCUUUUUAUACAAUUUCUAUGAAGAUAUGGGUUUGUUAGUGCCAUUAAAUUAAAGGUCCAGUUUGAUUUUUAGGGAGAAUAUGGCCAAACUUAAUAUAUAUUAUUCACAACUAUGUUUUCAUUCGUGUACAAUCACCUGAAAAUAAGAAUCGUUCUGGUUCUUAAACUGUGGUUUCCUGAAAUAUGUUUGAUAUCUCAUACCAUCAAAAUACAACAACGUUUUGAUUUCAAGUUAACUAUGAGAUCGCUGGAAUGAAAAAAAUGAAAGUUUUUGUUUCGAUGUCAGCCUGCAGUCAUCCCUCCAUGAUUAGUUACAAACUAAAACGUAACAAAGUUAGUUGUAGUGAUUCAUAAACUCUGCGAUCGUGGCUCCAAAUGGGGAAAUAUUGGGAGGACAAGUGUGAACUUUUCUCCACGAUGUCAGCUCUGGUUCUUUAAACGGUCAACACUAGAAUAAACCUGCCUCCUGCUUGAAAAGGUUCUGUACGCUGCUGUGUCUAAAUAGAGAGAGCCUGAUGUUUUUACGGUGUAAAAAGUUAGAGACUGAGACCUUUGUGCCAUGUUUCUACACACUGCGCCUUUAAUCCACAACGGUGAAGUCAAACCUUAGGUCGACGCGACGAUAAGGGCUAUCUCACUUUGUUUGUUGUGUUUUUUCGGCUGCUGCUACUGGAAGCUAUUGAAGGACUUUGAAUGUAGAUGAAACCAUGAUAUGCUCUCCUUCUGUCAAGUUCUGUCGUGAAAUAUCUAUUUUAGAGUUCUCGAUAAGGUACUAAUCCUUUAGGUCAACAGAGAAGUGUUGUUGCAUGUUUUACGACAGAAGUCUUCGCUGCAGGUUUAGUUUUCAGGUACGAACCCUCGUGUUCAAAUAUAGCGUGUCAAACAAACGUCUGUUUACUUCAGUAUUCGUGCAAACAUCU